UGAUCAGCCCAUUUCAAAAUUAUUGGUUACGCGGUCUCUUUAAUUAUUCAAUUUCCAAUGAAAUCUCCAUGCACCUAAAGCAUUCCGCUCUUCACUUAUUCUUUGUAAAUCAUGGUUCGCUUCUGUCAUCCCCUGAAUUUCCGAUACUAUCACGAUUAGGUCUUACAAAUGCAAUCCUAUUUUUGAUGAUAAUCAAUUAUUCAGUGUAUUCCGAAGCAGAUGAUCUUGAUGAUGAUAGAAGUAGGCUUACUCGACGUAAAUGGUGCCCAUGGUCUUCUUGGAGUCCAUGUUCCCCGACUAAAUGUAUCAGUGGUCAUGUGAGACGAACUCCAUCACUUUGGCGUAGUCUUGAAGAAAUCCCCAUGGCAGAUGAUAUCCAGACUAACCAGUGUGUAUUACCAUCAACCAAUAUUUCCAGAAAACCUAAUCGAGCUUAUGUACAACAAACAAUACGUGGACAGACCAAAGUUAUUGUUGCUGAGAAACAACGCUUUCGUACUUGUGACUGUCAAUCUGUCUCCAUUUUGAAUGUGUUUCGUUUGGUUAGCAGACAUGAGUGUUACCCAGGUGAAACAGAAUUCGAGUGUAAUGAAUGUGUAUCUUCUGAUAAAGUAUACUUUAGUCGGGAUAGCAGUUCUAUCGUAGAUAUAAUACCAUUCUGUUCAUUUGAUCAUUCUGGUUUCCAGUUGUAUAAAAUUCUUGGUGGAAUUGUUGGCGCCAUAGCACUUAUCACUUUGGUAGUAUGCUUUGUACGCUUUUUAUUUCGACAAAUUUGUGGUCCACGACAAAAUGAUGGAAAUGCCACUGGCAGUGGAUUAAAUCGAAACGGUAGAAGACGAAAUAGAACAUCUCAUUUGCAAAGUAAUGCUGUUAGUGAUGAUGCUUCAGAAUACUUACAAAAUCAUCGUAAUACAACUGGAUAUCCUAUUAACUUGGGAAACAUGGAUCUUCCACCAGCGUAUACAGAUAUUGUUAAACUUUCUGGAAUUACACCCCUACCAGCAAACACCACUGCUACUAAUCCUACUACAUUAGUUACAGAUCGUUUUACUACUGCCUAUGAUUGGUUACCGCCACCAGCAUUGCCAACACAGAAUGAUAACCAAAUCACACAUCCAAAUGGUUUACCCAAAUCAUCACCAAUGCGCAUGCAUCGAUUCAGUUGUUCCAUUGUUGAUGACAACGAACAGAAUAAUGCAACAUCUAGUCAAAUAUUAAGUCCAAAACAGUCGAAUACACCUCCACCGCCUAGUUAUGAAGAGAUUAUCGCUGCGACAACAAAUAGUAUUGACGCACACACACAAUCUACUGCUGUUGUUGAUCGUUCAGUGUCUGUAGAGGCGAGUGAUGAGAUCAAUCCUAGUCAAAGUAUACAUCGAUCGGAUAAUGCUGCUGCUACUACGACAACAACAACUACUACAACUACUAACAAUAAUACUAGUAGUAGUGGUAGUGGUAAUGUGAUGAACACAGAUAGAACUGAAACUAGUAGUGCUGCAUAAUCCUUUAUUUAGAUUAUCUCAUGAUUGUAUUGUAUUCUAUGCCUUUUUCUUUCUCUCUCUUGUCUCUUGUCUCUCUUGUUAUAUGAUUUCUAUGAUUACUGUUGCUGCUGCUGCUUCUGAUGCUGCUGCUCCUGUAAUGUGAUCAUUAGUAGUAGUGCUACUACCUUUAUUUUCUGAUUAACGGAUCGAUUUGUAU